UCUACCGAACACCAGCGACUGUGCAAAUCCAGCUGCACAGUCAGGCGCAUUGCCACCAGGGUUCACUCAAAAGUCCUUUAUGCACCAAGGCUCGACUGAAACUUCUGUAUCGUUACCGCGAGAUCCAUAUCCAAUAUCUUCCGGCCAAACUGUCCAACAUGGCUCGCCUCGCUCCCAGCCAAGCUCACCAGAUGAUGCCUCUCCUCAUGAGAGCAUCUUCGGUGGAGAUGUUGCUUCUAGCAGCGACGACGGCCACCGCUUUGACCACGACUUUGGCCGACUGAGGGCUGCCGACUAUGCCUCUGCCGCCCAACCUGUCAUGACUGCUGGCCAACGCAUCGCUGAAUACGAAAGCGCCUUACUGCUGUCCCGACAUCACGCUCCGCAUACCGUAGCCUUCCAAGUUGUUAAGAACACUUCAUCCUCUCCGGGCUGCGUCAAGUUGGCAGAUUUCCCCAACGAAAUCCUGACCCAUAUCCUAUCGCAUCUGCAUCCAGAUUCUCACGGAGACGUCGCUCUGGUCUCGAAGCGCUUUUACCACCUCGUUGCGGCCCCCUAUGCCUGGCGGAGAGCCUUUCUGCGCAACUUUCCUGGCCAAGAAUCGUUACUCUCGGCAAAGAACAGGAGCGAGUUCGCCAACGAAGAUGGAGAGCUGGACAGAAUACGCUCCGAGUCUCGGUACUUUGCCAGACUGAGCGCCAUGGCUACAUGGCGUAGCGAGUAUCUUCUCCGCACUCGGCUGCUCCGGAGUGUGUCCCGCGGAAAACCCGACGGCUCCUCGAACCUUUCGAUCCAGUCUGGAAAGAAGGCAGCCGCCGUGUUGACAUAUAGCCCAAGGCUCACCUGGAUGGUCACCCAUUUGCACGCCGUAUUUUCCGGUAAUCGCAAUGGGCCGCGUGUGAUGCAUGGUUCCAGGGAUAUCGGAGUGGCAUCUGUCGGCGAUCCUACUACCGGUAAAAUCGACAAGCUGGGUAUGGAUGACCAGUUUCAGUUUCAGCAGCUGGACGAAGUGCAUCCCGGUCUCGUGUACUAUGGAAUGGGCGACGGGGCGGCAGCGGUUCCUAACGUCAUCGACGUUAGCCAGCCCUAUGGUCUCAUCGGCGCUGAAGCGUUUCCUGGUGGUCGGGUCUACUUCAAACCACAGGGUCAGCUGCGCGGCCGAUUUCUGGGAAUCGUACCAGAAACUGUGGACGACGAGCCUGAGAUACCCAAGAUCCCAGAGCUCUUGGAUGCCGUCUGUUCUGUUUGGAUCGCAAAAUCGCCCAAUGUACCAACAGCAACCGACUCGAUGAUUGGUAUGUUUACUGGCUCAACGCUCGGCAUAGUGACCGCCUAUACCCUUGGUUAUGAAAUCUCGGGUCGUCGCGCCGGCAACCGCGUUGGCGAGAUCACCGCGCGCUGGGUGCUCUGCCCGGGCGUGCCCAUUGUAGACAUUAAGGUCGAUGACAACUACAACCUGAGACGCAAAGGCAUGAACAGAGUUUGGGCUGUUGCGCUGAAUGCCCUCGGAGAAGUCUUCUAUUUGAUCCAGACGCCGGCACCUUCUUCGACUCGUGGAAAGUCGACAACUCUGCUUAAGGAUGCCUGGGAUGCCGGACGCACUGCUUAUUGGGAGAUGAUCGAAGCAACUCGGCGUGUUGCCACACCUGAUGACUGCAACAAAAAUGCAGCUGAUGGUUCAUACACACCGCGCUCAUCGGCAAAUUUCAUGAACCUGAGCAGGGCACAGAUCGUUGCUGAGGCCCGAGAGAUAGAAUCUUUCUUGCGCCGCAAACCAUCUGAUUUCCGGAGGGUUUGCUUAGGCUGGGAUAUGCAACGGAGACUCGAAGUGGACUUUGCUGCCGGCGAUGAAAGUGGCGGCGAGGCCAUUUUCAAGAUCGAUUGCGGUUUAGAGGAGAACGUGCCCCCUGCCGUUCGGAGAUAUGUCAGACACAAGACUAGCCCGGUGAUCAAUCCAGAGAAAGUUGCGGCCUUGCUGUCUUCAGCACCUAAAGCCUCUAUCUUUGGAGGUGCAGAGACGUCAAACAGCUUGGAUUGUAUCUCUCAGUCUACCACCAGCAAUGGAGAAAAGCCUUCAGCCAUUCAGGCUUCAAGCGGAUCACCCUCGACCUCAGCCACGCCUGCAGGAGACACGAUUAACGGUUGGUCUGUCACCGACUACAAACUCAAGAUACCUCUAGGGGCAGAAAUCACCGCCAGUGCUAUUGAUUUGUCUACCUAUGCUGUCAUGGCAGCAUUUGAGGACCCUCUUUGCUUCGAGCAUGAUGGAAGUGGUGACACGUCCAAGGAGAUUCCUGGUCGUCGCGCCCGCUAUCUUGCUGUAGGAACCAGCACCGGCGCAGUGAAUGUGUGGAACACGAGAGAUCAGCACUCUGCCCAUACGGUCAAGCCUUUGCGGGUCAUUCAGACCGACUCACCCGCUAUCUCUAGUCUUGCCCUUUCGGCUCUUUAUCUACUUCACGGCGGCACUGACGGCGUGGUCCAGGCAUGGGAUCCGUUGGCUUCAACACAUGAACCUAUCCGAACCCUCAAUGCAAAGAUGUCGGGCCGGAUCCCUCGUCCCAUUCUCUCUCAGGCUCCUGCAAUGGAACGAAAUGUCUACUCUGCUGUUCGCGCCAUCUUCUUGGAUCCCGAUCCGACUGUCCUUCGAGGCGUGUCGGCAUGGGGCAACAACAUCAGGUUUUGGUCUUAUAGCUCUACAAAUCAAACCCCCGGUCGGAAGCGACGUCACCGACAUAACGAUGUACAUGGCCGGCUGAGCAGCCGUAGAACCAGCCAUCACGUCUCUGGCUUUAUUGCUGCGGAAGAGGCGGAGCUUAUCCAUGAGGAGGAGACGCGCACUCGCGAGAUGGCUCGGCUCCGUUCGCGGUUCGGACAAGGCUUGGCAGACAUGACCGAGGAAGAAGCACUUCUUUAUGCCCAAAUGAUUUCCGAGGAGGACUUCAUCAAGCAAGAGUCGGUUCGGUUGGCAGCUGAGGCAGAGAUGGGAUCGACUAUUGAUGAAGAAUGGGAAAGGUUGCCGUCCACGGGGAGCAGCGCUGAUCAGCUUACACCCGAGCCUAGCCUUCCUGGCGCUAGCCCGAGUGUGACGGGAAGCGGUGCGAAUCUCGCGACUGCCAAUCAAGAGUCAGAGGAGGAAAUGAUCCAACGGGCUAUUCGCCUGUCACUGCUUGAAAGCAACGGCAGCGUAGAUGGUGUUGUUGCAGUGGAACCGGCACCGGCACCAGAACCAGUAGCAGCAGAAGCAGAGCAGUACCCCCCUCGCAGCCCGAGCCCCCUACCCGAGUUCUCCAUCAAGGUGAAGCCCUUGAAGGGCAAAGGAAAGGGCAAGCAACCUUCUCUCGCGACUGGGUCUUCCUCGUCCCACAGCACGCCGGUCAUUCCCUUUUCCGAGACCGGGCACAGCAACGACUCGGCCUUCGGGCGAGAUCCUUCCGACAUUGCCUACGAUACCGUCCCGGCAGCAGCAACUACAAAUGUCACCUCUGGCACUGAUAUCGAUGACGAUCUGGCUCUUGCUUUGCGACUGAGCUUGGAGGAGGAACAGGCUCGCCAGCACCGGAUGGCACAUCUGAACGUUAUGCCGAUGGUUUCUGAUGUUCGACACGCGUUGGAGAACUCGGAAGAGUUUCCGAGGUUGGAUGUAAAGGGGAAGGGGAAGGGGAAGAUGAUCUGAAGGGAUUACGUGGUCAAUGUGAUGCGAUGUUGAUAGGUUUGCAAGUUGCUAUGUAGUGAGUGCUUGGAGAGCUGCGAGUUCAUCUCACCCUAUUUGGCUUUGAUCAUACCGCCCUGGAGCAUCUUCAGGUUGGCAGAUCCUGGGGUACUAGCGUUAUUGUCUUUUGGCUGUGCUCUGUGAGGUAGAAUAGAAGCGCAGAGUUGUUUGAAGUCUAUCCAGAUGUCUUUUUGCAUGAUCCAACAUGAAUUCGAGGUGGUGU